AUUCGACCUUUGACGGUGCGUGUCGUGUUAAUCUUUUUCUUCGUUCUACUCGUUUUUGUUACGUUAUCGUUAUAUUUUUCUUAUUAAUUUUAUAUUCCUACCUGCGUGUUGUAAUAUGAAUACUACAGAUGAAAAUGCCUCAAAUACUGCAGAAAAUACUUCUACUAUCAAUGAUAAAUUGGACAAAUUAUUUAAAGUUGUAAAUGACAUGAAAUCUACUCAAAGCAAACUAAUUACUUCAUUCAAUGCUUACCGUGAUGAGAAGAAAAACCACGACAAAAAAUUCACUGAUAUUGAAGGUAAAUUAGAUAUUAUUACCAAGCAUUUCAAUGACUUGCUUAAUGAGAACAAAGCUCUUAAAAAUCAAAUUGAAAUUAUUAGUUCUAAGUUGGUUGUACUUGAAGCACGAAACUCUACUCCACCGUCAGUCAAUCAUGAAGAAAUCUUAUCUGAAAUUAUAGACCGCCAAGCUAGAAGCCGUAAUUUAAUUUUAUUUAACGUUCAUGAAAACACAACUGAUUCUCUAAACGAAAUUCAAGUAGUUUCUGAGUUAUUCCGUCAAAUUGGUGUUACCACUGUUCCAUUAAAUGUUCUCCGUCUUGGUAAAAUUUCUAAUAAUGCUCGGCCUAUCCGUGUUACACUACCAAAUCAACAUGAUAUUUUUAACGUAUUAAAAAACAAAUUUAAGUUACGUCAAUCUGAAAAUUUAAAACACAUCAGUAUAUCUACAGAUCGAUCUUUAGGGCAACGUAAAUAUUUCAAAGUUGUGUUAGAUGAGCUUAACACCAGAAAAGCUGCUGGUGAAAAUGAUAUAUUUAUCAAAUUCAAUAAUAACAUUCCGUUCAUUUCAAAAAACUGCCGAAACUAAGACCAAGUUCCUACAAUCUCAAGU